UCGAUCCAUACAAAACGAUCCAGCGUAAAGCGUGCGUACAAUGUGUAACGUGCGGCCGGUGGAAUUUAAUUUUAUUCUACAAAACUGAUUAAGCCGAAAGGAAAGGCAGUUUAUCGACAUGAUCCCUGCUUUAAGGGCUCGUCUAACCUUCUGCCGGACACAAUCGUUGAUAUGUGGAGCGUUGAGGAGUCAACAGCACAGUACAACAGCUUCAAGUCCAGUGGCUAAGUCGGAAACAACCGAAGCACCAUUAGAUGAAGACAUGCCACACUUUGACAUGCCAAACCCUUAUCAGAGGGAAGGACGGAAGUGCAUUUUAUGCAAGCACAACAUCGAUGUCGACUAUAAGAAUGUGAAGUUACUGAGCCAGUUUGUGUCAUCUUACACCGGCAAGAUAUACGAGAAACACAUCACCGGCCUCUGCGAAAAGCAGCAACGGAGGGUCAAGACGGAGAUCUUCAAAGCUCGCAAAUGCGGUCUGAUGCCACAUUACCUCAAGAUGGCCAAGUUCCUCAAGGAUCCCAGGCUGUUCGAUCCCUUCAACCCAAGCCGGCCAAAUCCCCACUGAGACAUGGCAUGGGUUUUGUAGAGUUUCAUUUCAAGAAUAAAACUUGCAAGUAAUCGUGA